GUAUGGAAAGAAAAUCGCGAUCGUUUGGUUGGAUUUCCUGCAAGAAGUCACGCGUACGAUUCCGAGAAAAAAGUAUGGACCUACGUGGCUGGUUCGUCUCCAACUUACUCAAUUGUCCUUACAAGUGGUGCAUUUCUUCAUAAUUACUAUCUAUACACCUACACAUGGGAUAUGCCGUCCGAAAUUCGACAGUUCGUUGACGAUAGGAGGAACUGUGAAGACAUAGCAAUGAAUUUCCAAAUCUCCCAUUUGACAAGGAAGUCCCCAAUCAAGGUGCUGAAGGAGUCCUAUUUUCCGUGUCAUGGUUGCACCGCUGCGCUGAGCUCACGCGAUGACCACUAUCAAACGCGUUCCCAAUGCAUCAACGAGUUCGUCAACAUCUACGGGUAUAACCCACUGAUACACACACAAGUUUUUAUGGAUCAGUAUGCGGGAAACGUUUAA